AUGGGAGACGUUCUGUGCGAGGAGCUCGAAGAUUUAGUUCAUUUCACGGUGACCGACCUGCCGGCACGAGGCUAUGUUGUCAUGGAGGAGAUCCGACGUCAGGGGAAGCUCUGUGAUGUCACGCUCAAGGUCGGGGACCAUAAGUUCAGCGCCCACCGGAUCGUUCUGGCCGCUUCCAUCCCGUACUUUCACGCCAUGUUCACCAACGACAUGGUGGAGUGUAAACAGGAUGAGAUCCUGAUGCAGGGCAUGGACCCCAGCGCUCUGGAGGCUCUCAUCAACUUUGCGUACAGCGGCCAUGUUGCCAUCGACCAGCAGAACGUCCAGUCUCUCCUGAUUGGCUCGAGCUUCCUGCAGCUGCAGAACGUUAAAGACGCCUGUUGCUCCUUCCUGCAAGAGAGGUUACACCCUAAGAACUGUCUGGGAGUCCGCCAGUUCGCCGAGACCAUGAUGUGCACGACGCUGUACGACUCGGCCAGCAGCUUCCUGCACCAGCACUUCGUGGACGUGUCCUUAUCGGAGGAGUUCCUGGGUCUCAGGACGGAGGAGGUUCUGGAGCUGGUGGGCUGCGACGAGCUCAACGUCAAGGCCGAGGAGCAGGUGUUUGAGGCGGUGCUGGCCUGGGUCCACCAUGACCGGGACCGGCGGGAGACGCUGCUGCCGGAGCUGCUGUCGAAGAUCCGGCUUCCCCUGUGUCGACCUCAGUUUCUGUCGGACCGAGUGCAGCAGGACGACCUGGUUCGCUGCUGCCACAAGUGCAGAGAUUUGGUGGACGAAGCCAAAGAUUUUCACCUGAUGCCAGAGCGCCGGCCUCACCUGCCCACCUUCAAAACCCGACAGAGGUGCUGCACGUCCAUCACAGGACUCAUCUACGCCGUGGGAGGACUCAACACCUCAGGUGACUCUCUGAACGUGGUCGAGGUGUUCGAUCCAAUCGGUAACUUCUGGGAGCGCUGUCAGCCAAUGAGGAUGACUCGCAGCAGAGUGGGUGUGGCUGUCGUCAACGGGCUGCUGUACGCCAUUGGCGGUUACGACGGCCAAUCACGGCUCAGCACAGUGGAGGUUUACAACCCGGAGACAGACAGCUGGACGCGUGUGUCGAGCAUGAACAGCCAGCGCAGCGCCAUGGGAACGGUGGUGAUUGACGGACACAUCUACGUGUGCGGCGGCUACGACGGGAAGUCGUCUCUGAACUCAGUGGAGUGUUACGCACCUGAGACGGACAGGUGGACAGUGGUGGCGGAGAUGAGCGCGAGUCGCAGUGCCGCCGGCGUGACGGUGUUUGACGGGAGGAUCUUCGUCUCCGGCGGCCAUGACGGUCUGCAGAUCUUCAACACGGUGGAGUACUACAACCACCACACAAACCGCUGGCACCCGGCGGCGCCGAUGCUCAACAAGCGCUGUCGUCACGGUGCGGCGGCUCUGGGGAGCCACAUGUACGUGGCGGGGGGGUACGACGGCUCGGGCUUCCUGAGCGGCGCCGAGGUGUUCAGCUCUGCCUCCGGCCAGUGGAGCCUCCUGGUGGCCAUGAACACGCGACGCAGCCGGGUGUCGCUGGUGUCGACGUCGGGGCGUCUGUACGCGGUGGGCGGCUACGACGGACAGUCCAACCUCAGCUCGGUGGAAAUGUACAACCCUGACACCAACCGAUGGACCUUCAUGGCCCCCAUGGUGUGUCACGAGGGCGGCGUCGGCGUCGGCUGCAUCCCGCUGCAGCCCGCCUAAACCCGCCAAUCACGGCCGAGGAUCUAUGCGUUACUGACGCCAGCAGGCGGGGAGGCGGUGCCUCCGAUGGCGUCCACUGAGCUUUAUCGGUACGACAGCUGGGCUCGGACCUGCACAUUGACGCCGGGCUACGGAAUUAUGGGAAAACUGUAGGGCCAGCCCACCGAGGCUAGCUGUUAGCAUUGUGCUGUUAGCGCGCAUGUGGACUGAUCGAUGUCCAACCUUGAUUUUCUACCUGAUUGACCAAACAAAGCUGCUGACUUGAAACAGGAUGACCACUCUAAUCGGUUUUCUGUGACCGUUUUAUCAGUACGCAGUGCUGCAGACACGUGAAGAAGAGCAUGCCACAGCAGCGCCCCCUGCAGGCCACAUUGCUCAGUACACCUGAUCAGUCAGAGACUGCACAGGAGAGUUUGUCCUGAAGGAGGCGCUGCAGGAAGCUCACCUUUGAGGAGUCCACAGUGUUCACUGUUAAGGAGUUACGGUUGAUUCGGGGUCAACUGAACAUUCUAAAAAUGUUUGAAACGUGAAGAAAAAGAAGAAGAAAGCUCGAGAUGAGCUAAUGUUUGUGCAGAACAUGUUGGUUUUCAUGAGCUCUUUAUUUGUGUCAGAUAAUGUUGAGAGCAAACAGACGAUGACAGAACAAAAUAAAUGCUAUGGGGAAACAAAUCUUCACUUUCAGAGCAAAAGUAGGAGGAAUAUAUCUUUAAAACCUUUAAAGUUCCACACUUGAGUGGUGAGGACAGGUAGGACAGGUGAGGACAGGUAGGACAGGUGAGGACAGGUAGGACAGGUGACGCUGUGGCAACGAGCCCUAGAAAUGCAGAUGUUUACCUGCUGCAGACGUAGAAUCUGAACUUAAUCCAGAUGAAGCUCGUCUGUUCCGUCUCGUCAACGAUUCAGAGCAAUGCAUUCUGGGAGCGUCGCAUGCGUUUCAGAGACGUGCGCGUCGCUGCCCCUCAUUUGCGUAACGUUGAGGUCUUGGCUACUUGAUGUAAGUCAGGAUCGUCCAGCCACAACUCGACACCUGUGAAGGUCCAGAACUGCUGUUGGAAUGAAUGAGAGACGGGUCUCGGUCAGACGCCGCCUCACACACAUGAAACACGUAUGUUGAGGUUCAGUGUCUCUGAUCCAUCACAGUGAACCUGUGAACUGUUCAGAGCCUGUCUGGUUUUAGUUUCCUUCAGUGUCAAACAGCUGGUCUCAGGCUGUUACUUCCUGGUUAGUCCUGCUGUUGGCUGACCUGAGUCUGUUUGGUCUAUAAAGUGACAAACCGAAGGUCAGAGUUCUGCAUGGCUCUGAGCUGAAGCAUCACGCUGCGCUCUCAUCCUGACGGAUACACGAUGGAAAUGGUGAACUUGGUCAUUUGUUUGUUGAUCUAGCUUCAGCAUCUGAGUGGGGAAUAAAAUGUCUUCUGUGGUGCGUCGACUUGAUUCAGGCUGAUGCAGCUUCAUUUCAGCCAGACGAGUGUUUUGACCAACCUCUGCAGACCGACAUGCUGGGAAACACGUCACAUGACCGUGGACAUGCAGGUGUAGCCAGGAAGUGGGAGGUCGCUUUGCUGUCCGCACAAAAUGCUGAAACUGCGAGCAGAGAUUUGUGCUGCAGAGAAAACCAGGUCAGAACCACAUGAAAUUCAUGAUCAGGAGACGCCACAUGAACAGUAAGAGCCAAUCAGGAAGCAGCCAUGACUGUGUGUCAAAGUCUCAUGUUAGACUAAAACCGAGUCAGCAGCUUGUCUGAAGUCUCGGUUCUCCGUGGACGUCAGGAGGAACCAAAUCAGUGUCUUCAAAUGAUGUAGUGUCGGUUGUAGCUUCAGCACAGGUUUCUUCUGUUUUCAUGCCGUCAGACAGGCCCAACGUGUGAUGAUGCCACCACCGUGCUUCUGGAGGACCUGAACAGAACGCUGCUUGUUUACAUCAAAAGGUUCUGUUCCGGUCUCAUCUCGCCGCAGAACAUUUUCCGGCAGCUUCUGGCUUCUUCAUCAAACUGCACAUCAAGUUUGUUCUCAGCCAGAGGAACUGAUCCCAGCUGCCAGCAGCUUCUCAGUAGACGAGCUACAUGAGGGCCCAGGGGUGGACGGACAGAACAACAUGACCCAGUUUGAUCAUUUUAUUUUAAUAUUGCUUCUUUAUCAGCAGCUGUGAACAUCUGAUGAUGUUCUAGCUGCUGUUCAUUCAGAAAUGUCAGACCUGAGGGUGUCCGUGAUGCUUUAGUGGUGAACACUGUGGACUCGCUGUGACUUCAGUCUGCACAGCUUCAUGAUGGUUUUACAGAUCAUCAGUUUAACCGAAGGCUGGAGAUCAGUUCGUCAAUAACCACCUGAUCACUUAUUCAUUGAUUGAAAUCCUCUCCAGAGCUUUCAGCUGGACGUGGUGGUCCUCUGGGAGCUGCUCAGCAUCACGUGACCUGAUGAAGGCCACGAGAGGCGGCUCAAAGCUCCGGGAGUUUCUCAGUAAGUGGACACGAACAGAAAGAGAUCCGAUUAUUGAUCGGUGCUCUUCAGCCUCCGACUCAGCUUCACACCGCUGAUCUUUAUUUUUAUUGAUUAAUUUAUGAUUUAUUUCUUUGUUUUAUUUCCUUGUGGAUCAUUAAAGAGGAAAUUUUCAGGUUCAUAAAGUCUA